CGAUUGCCCCACCAGUGCGAUAAUUCAUCUUGCGCCUGCCUUCCCCGACCACCGACCACUGCUCGUUGAAAAAAAAAGAGGACAUUGACGACAAGAAGCUUUUUUGGCUGGCACACAAAUAGGCUCACCCGCACCAUACCUUUCCUUCUCACGCAACGACAAACUUCUCUGCUAGCCUCUUUUCGGGUUUGGCAAAUUUGAACUCCCCUCUCUUUUAGCGACCAGACGACAGCGACGACGAGACCACCGGACAUCUGUCUUUCUUCACACCUGCGCAGACCCUUCUGCCGCAAUCACCGACCGCCCCGCGACACACGCGUACACAAUCUUUAACGACGAACAUGUCUACCCAAGUCGAUCUCUCGACGAUUCCCAUCUCUCCCGAUGGAGAGAACGCGCCUACUUCAUCCGGCGACAAGGAGGUCACAGUCUUUCACGACAGCAACAACUUCAACGUCAAGCACCCCUUGAUGCACAAAUGGACCCUUUGGUUCACCAAGCCACCAACUGGCAAGGGCGACAACUGGGCUGAGCUUCUUAAGGAAGUUAUCACAUUUAACUCAGUAGAGGAGUUCUGGGGCAUCUAUAACAACAUUGCCCCCGUCUCGGAGCUGGCGUUGAAGUCGGACUACCAUCUUUUCAAGGAGGGCGUGCGACCAGAAUGGGAGGACCCCCAAAACAAGCACGGUGGCAAGUGGUCCUACAGCUUCAAGGAGAAGCGCAACAUUCCCAUCGACGAUAUCUGGCUGCACACCAUGCUGGCCGCGAUCGGCGAGACUCUGGAGUCGGAGGACGAUGGUGAGGUCAUGGGCGUCGUCGUCAACGUGCGCAAGGCUUUCUACCGUGUUGGUGUGUGGACUCGCACCACCGGCAAGUCCAUCCCCAACCGUGGUGAUGGUGACGUUGCUGGAGGCAAGGGUCGCUCGCCUGAGAAGGGCAGGGCAAUUCUCAUGGAUAUUGGCAAGCGCUUCAAGGAUGUCCUGAGGCUCCCAGCCAACGAGGUUCUUGAGUUCUCGGGUCACACCGAGUCUGCACACAGCGGCAGCACCCGUGCCAAGGCCAAGUUCACAGUCUAAACGGCAGUAUGAGGGGAGCGAGCGAAAUAUGCGACGGGCUCGCUGCUGUAUCUUUGCUGGCCAGAGGCCAACAUGCGACAAAGUUCAACGGGACGUCUUUUUACAUCCUCUGCAUAUACCUCAACACCAUUCUUGUGGUUCGUUACGCAUAAUCGCUCUACCACACUGAUCAACAUGACAUGAAUUUUGCCUACCUUAUGCACUGCUUCUCCCCUUGCACAUUACAUGUCGUAUGAUUACAUGCUCUAUAUCAAGGGGUGCAUUGCACCGGGAGGGUUUUCUCCCGGAAGUUUGGGGGGAUGAUUGUUUGGCUUUAUUCACUUUAAUGGAUUUCAGGUUGAUGGAUCGUCAGUCGUUCUCUUUUUUGCAUGCACGAGAACAGCCCAUGGGGGAGAAACCCGAGGAUGACAGCACGGAAAGGCCAAUGACUCCCUAUCUCUCUCAUUUUUGCCUUUUGUCUUUCAGCCUUUCUGCCCAGAACAGGGUUGUUUCUCAGCCGUACCAUCAGCUUGGGGGUGGCUGACGGUUUUUUCCCAGCAACUGACGUAAUCCCGGCGCGGUGAUGCUAUGGCGUUCGGAAAACAAAAGAAAAGUUUUUAGAAGACUAAGGCAAAAAAAAAAAAAAAACAAGACGUGAAACGAUGAUCGCAG